AGUUAGAAAAGCAUUUAUUCCCACCAAAUAAAUACAUUAUGAUGCACCUUCUUCCUUCAUGAAUGACGAUCAUGGCGUCCACUACAAAACUGAACAUGAAGCUCCUCGUUGACACAAAGCGCGAGAAAGUUCUCUUCGCUGAAGCAUCCAAAGAAGUGGUAGACUUCCUCUUCCACUUUCUUCAGCUGCCACUGGCCACCGUAGUGAAGCUCCUAACCACCAAAGGAGCGGUUGGUUGCAUAGGGAAUCUAUAUCAGAGCGUCGAAACCCUAAACGACAGUUAUUACUUACAACCAAAUCAACCUAAACAUUUUCUCUUGAACCCUAAGAUUCCUCUCUCUUCACCUCUCACCUCUGCUCUUCUCCCUCCAAAUGGCGGCGGCGGUGAAGGUCAAUCGGAGUCUAUCCCGUUGAAGCUGUACAGAUGCGGAAGUUGCAGCAGUUAUACGGUUACAGAUUUGUAUAACUCUAAAUGCAGCACGUGUGGGUUUGGUUAUAUGACUAGAGAAGUCAAAUACAUAAGCAAGAAUGAUCAAGUCAAAGAUUCUUCUUUUAACAGCAACAGUAAUGGAUUUGUGAAGGAGGUUGUGACUUACACGGUGACGGAUGAUUUGGUGAUUGAGCCAAUGUCAACCAUAUCUUGCAUCACCAUGCUUAAUCAGUUCAGUGUUAAGGAUGUUGGUGUCUUGAAGGAGAAGGUUGUUGAAUUGGGGAUGCCAGAGGGUGUGAAGCUACUGAGGGCUUCGCUACAGUCAGAAAUGGUUUUAACCAAUGUUUUUCUCAAGAAUUCUGAAAACACCAGCUUUCAUCUAAUAUGACUAUGAUUAAUGUCUUGAUUUAGGAUAUGCGCACUCUUAAUCUUAAUGUAAGUAGUUUUUAUGAAUAACCAGAGCUUGUUAAUUUUUUUUAACAACCUUUGUAUUUUAAUUGUAUACCAUAAAUAUCAUGAUAUCUGUA